AUGAAAAAUCAAGAAAUCUCGGCUUAUGCAGGAAAAUUGUCUUAAAUCUAUUAGAAUGACAGUAUUUCACAUUCUUAGAAUAUUUAAUUAGCAAAUGAUGAAAUUUCCCAAUCAUUAGCAAAUAGUCCAUCAAUGAACACAAAUUUAUAAGUAGUAUUAAAGAAACUGCAAUCAAAAAAAAUUAGAUAAUUGUAUCAGGAAUUAGGUCCUGUUUAUGAUAUUGAUGAAAAUUAUGAGAUCCGAAAUUUCGAUGAUGACAGCUGUUAUUUUGGGUAAGUGGAGAAUGACCAAAAAAAUGGCACAGGAAUACUGGUAUGGUCCGAGGUAGGAAAUAUACUAGAUGGAAUUUGGGUGAAUAAUGAGUUAAACGGAUUUUGUAGAAUGAUUUACUCAAAUGGUGACAUGUAAAGUGGUAAUUAAUUGAAUAGUUUCGAAUGUGAGUUCAAAUAUGGGAAGGCUAAUGGAUUUGGAGUGUUCUCAACUAAGAGUAAAGUAGUGAAAGGGCUGUGGACGAAUAACGUACUAAAUGGAGAAGGACAAGAGAUAAGAAGUGACGGAUCUAAGUACUUUGGACAAUUUAAGGAUGGAUAAAAAAAUGGAAAAGGGAUUAUAUAUUAUAAGGAUGGAUGCAAGUACGAAGGAGAGAUUAGUAAGAAUAAGUUGGAUGGAAAGGGUGUGUUGGUUUGGAAUGAUUCGAGUUAUUAUGAAGGGGAAUUUCGUAGUGGUAUAAUAAAUGGGAGUGGGAUUUAUGUUAGCGGAAAUGGAAAUAGUUUGAGUGGAUAUUUUGAGGAAAUUAGUAAUAAGGAUAGAAUUCAGAGAAUUUAAUGUAUACAUAAUAGUGGAUCUGAACGAUUUAUAGAGAAAAUACGAUAUUUAUGA